UAUCCUUCAGUGUUCCAAAUCACAUGUAAAUGUAAUCUACUCUGUUUUUUCUCUGCCUCAACAUUAUCUACUCCAUCCACCAUGACCACUCUGAGCACUCUCUUCCAUCUCCACACUUCACCUUCAAACCCUACCCUCUCUCACACCGCUCCACACCUCCACCUCUCUUGCUCUUUCAAACCCAAAACCCCCAAACCACCAUCUCUCUUCUCUUCAACAACACCACCACCUGCAAGAGACAGAGUCAUAGACUUUGGAAAACACAAGGGCAAGAUGCUAGGAACUCUCCCUUCAAGCUACCUCAGAUGGGUCUCCAAGAACCUCCGAGCCCGUGACUUUGAAGACUGGGCAAAGCUCGCAGACCAAGUGCUCGACGACGCCGUUUACAAGGACCGGAUCGAGUGGGAGUUGGCUGAGAACGUUUUGAAUGGUAACAGGAGCAGUGCUCUUGGUGCAGGUGGAGUUUCUGAGUUGUUGGAAAUGAGUGAGAGGUUUGGUUGGGAUAAUAAUGACAAGAUUGGUUGGAGCAAAGUGAAUUUUGAGCUUCUGGGUACUUCUAGAGGUGGAAGAAUUCCAAGACUGAGUGAAAAUGGAGGAGGAGAGAGAGAGGCGGAGAGGAUGAGAGAGAGGGAGAAGAAGAAGAAGAAGGUUGAGGUUUUGGGGGAAGGUGGAGAGAGAAGGAGGGAGAGAAGGGGGAGGUUGAGAAUGAAGAGGGAAGAAGGUGGGGUGAGGGAGGAGAGGGAGGAGAAGUUGGGGAUUUUGGAAAAGGGUGGGGGUGAUAUUGGAAAUGGAGUUGGAUUAGGGAGGAACAAAGAGAAUGGUGAAGAUUGGAUGGUUGAGAAUUCAAACAGAUUUCCUGGACGUGAAGCUCUGUUGAAGAAGGCAUACAGCAGAAGAAUGAGAAGAUUUUCGUAAUUCUUAUGGGUUUUCUUCUGCUUCUUUUCAUUUGGACUUUUUUCUGGUGAGUUUAGAGAGAUGGUGGAUUUAUGAGUGUGCGUAUUAGCAUACAUUCAAAUGGUGAUUGGUGAACG